CUUAAAGACUUCUAACUUCCACAUGUGAUCAACUCCACAACCCUUAAAUCUCACGUAUUGCGAAUUUAUAAAGGUUGUAACGUGGAAUAAUUUCUGUGUAGCCGCGUGUCCAACAGAGAAGAUUAGGUUUAAGAAUCCAAUGCGGUAGUCCCACUCUAUGCAGCUGCAUUUCUCCAUAUGAUUAUUAUACCCAAUCAUAUUUGACACUAACAUUGCUUCAACCAAAUCAUUCCCUACUCAAAUGCUAGGGAAUGUUAUAUAAUUAACCCGAAUCCAGCUAAACCAUACUAUAUAUAAUGCUCAUGUAUACCAAGAAUGAGAAGAACAUAGUUUUCGUUUAACAUAAUUUGAACGUAAUUAGGUCGAUAAGAUUGAAUAUCGUAACCAUAUUUGUGAUUUGGGUUUGGCUAGUGGAUCUGUGGAUCCAUAUGAGCUUUAUCUUAAGCAAAAUUACAGCAUGUGAGUUAGGCAGAAACUUAUUAAUUUCAACACAAUGUGAUAUUAGUGGUCUAUUACUAAGCAACCAGUUUGGAGCGUGCGGUGGCCUGUUUUCCUUCCUUUUUAUGAUUAUGAAUCCUAAACGUUCAGUGUUCAAAAAAAAAAAAAAAGAAUCCUAAACGUUUAGUCCAACCUACAUUAACAUCUCAAUAUCUCGCGCCGAAAGCUAAGUAUAUGAUUUUAAGAAGAUGAAUUAUGUGCACAACAAACUGAUUGGUGUGUAAGAAAAAUGAUUAAAUGGAAAUUAUUACCCAAUGCACAUUUCCGACUAUUAAGAAAGACCCAGAAAACGACUUUUUUUUUUUUUUGAACACAAAGACCCAGAAAACGACUAUAUAGUAUAAAUGGUCACAAGUUCUGUGGGCUGCAAAAGCCGAUUUGAACAGUAUUAUAUUUUAAUGUAGCAUUCGUUUUUUUAAACUUUCCUAUUAAUAUUUUUUACAAUUAUGUUAUGUGAAUUGGAGUAAUAGGACAUAUACAGACAGCAGAGGCAGUCUUGCAUGUUAGCUUUUGAAGCUGGUUUUUGACUAGACGAACUCAGAGGCAGACACAAUGUCGGCUUUCCUCAAUAAUUGGGCGUUUGUUCAACUAUUUCGUUUCUUAUUUUUGCUAAGUUAAUGAUUAGUCGGAGAAGAAAUACGCCAAAGCAAUUUUGAGUAUUAAAGGUAAUUAACAAACUCCUUUUUCCGAAGUUCUACUACAUUUUUCUUUUUUGAAAAAGGAGGCUCUACUAUAUUUAGAACGUCCAUAUAAUUAAUUCUGUCUAAAACAGAGCACCCGUCUAAUGGUCUUUCUCUGAGAGUGAACACCGUAAGAGCUUAAGACCAUGAUUAACCCGGAGUUCUUGGAAUAGAGUUUUUAUCGGAAGUUAAAAAACUGUUUUUUAACUUUUAACUUAAAAAGCUAACAACUGGUUCUUAAAGUCCUUAUUUAAAAACUUUAAAAACCGGUUUUUAACUUUUUUAGUUAAAAGUUAAGAAACAGUUUCUUAACUUCCGUUAAGAACUCCAGUUUAAGAAUUCCGGAUUAAUCAUGCUCAAAGAGCCAAGGAUUCUCUUUCAAUGUCCUUUAGUAUUUCUAUUUGGAGUCGUUACUUCAUCUAUAGCACGAGUUUACCAUGAUAAAUUCUUCUUUCUUUUACCAUGAUAAUUAGCCACAAUAAACCAUAAACAACCAAAAAUAUUACAUAACAAUGUGCCAAGUCUAGGUUCUGGCUUUUAGGUAUCAUUUUCUCAAAUUUACAGAUACUAAGUCUUCUCAAUAUAGUGAUGCUCAACAAAGUACUCUUAUUUAUAGUUAUAAUACGGUACUUAUUUCCAUUUAUGUUACAGUUUAAUAAUGUUGUUUAUUUCCAUCUCAAUUAAACAUAAAAUUGCAGUUAAUUAAAUAACACAUUGAGGAAUAAAGGUUGUAAGCAUGUUGUGUGGUCAUGGUGACCAGUUAUACUGGUUGUUUUUGUUCUGUCAACAACAUUUUACAAUACAAAAGUCAACGAUCAACCAACCUUAAUAUUGACUUAAAAGUAAAGGAGGAAUUAAACAGGCGACAUUUGUUUUCUCCUUGUCUUAGAACUCCUCAAAAAUGGAGAGUCUUCAAGGUCUUUUGCUAACUAUGAUCAUUGUGGCUUUUGGAACUACUACACAUCUAACUCAAGCUCAGUCUGAUCCAACAGAAUUCACCAGCUUGGAUUGCGGACUACACCCCGCCGCUUCUCCUUAUACCGAACCAUUAACCAAAUUAACAUACACAUCUGAUGCCAACUUCACUCUAGGUGGUCAAAGUGGUAGAGUUCAAAAGAUUUAUGAAGAGGAGUAUAAGCCAUUCACAGUUCUAAGAUAUUUUCCAGAUGGAAUACGAAAUUGCUAUAAUCUAAAAGUCACAUCAGGCACGAAGUAUCUUAUCAAAGCUCUCUUCCUUUACGGGAACUAUGACGGGCUCGAAACUGCCCCGAAAUUUGAUAUGUAUCUUGGUCCUAACAUAUGGACAACGGUCGAUUUAAAAAGCUCUUUAGGUGAAGGAAAGGAGGAGAUCAUACACAUACCGAAGUCAAGCUCGUUGCAGAUUUGUCUUGUUAAAACAGGGAAGACUACACCAAUUAUUUCAGCCUUGGAACUAAGACCCUUGAGGGAUGAUACUUACGUCACUACAAACGGCUCCCUGAAGCUCCUGAAACGCUCAUAUGCUUCUGAUUUUCUCGGUCCCACUAUACGGUAUCCUGCAGAUGUAUAUGAUCGUGAAUGGGAGCAGUUAAGUCUUUCGUUCGCGUUUAAUUUUGUAAACACAAGUCUCAAUGUAAAUGCUUCUACUCCUUACGAGCUACCACAAGAAGUCAUUUCAAAGGCAGUCAUUAAUAAAAACGUGACCGAGACGUUAACUUAUGAAUGGAUUAUGGAUGAACGGGAGGAUCAGGCUCUCAUAUAUCUUCAUUUUGCUGAGAUACAAUCACUUCGAGGCAAUGAUACAAGAGAAUUUGAUAUUACAUGGAAAGGAAUGGACGAAAACUUUACUGUUUCAGCUUAUCGCCCUCAAAAGUUACAACUAGAGACUCUAUACAACACAUCGCCUAUGAAAUGUAGGUUUCUUGGAUGUACUGUGGAGCUGGUUAUGACUCAGAACUCAACUCUCCCACCAAUGGUUAACGCCAUGGAAGCUUACAAGAUUAUUGAGUUUCCAGAUGCUGAAACUAAUCCAGAGGAUGUGGCUGCGGUACAGAAUGUUCGAGAUACUUAUGAACUGAGUAGAAUCGACUGGCAAGGAGAUCCAUGCGUUCCUCAGAUGUUCAAAUGGGAGGGUAUAAACUGCAGCUACACAAAUACUACUAUUCCGCCAAGAAUCAUUUCCUUAGACUUAUCAUCAAGUGGACUAGAAGGGGUCAUAGCAUCUAGCAUACAAAAUCUAACCCAUCUACAAGAACUGGACUUGUCGAAUAACAAUCUGAGUGGAGAAGUGCCUGCGUUUCUAGCUAACAUGGAAUCACUGUUGAUCAUAAACUUAGGGUGGAACAGUUUAACCGGUCCAAUUCCUCAAGCCCUUCGUGAUAGAGAAAAGAAAGGCCUCAAGUUGACUUUUCAUGGAAACCCAAAUCUUUGUCUCUCUGACUCAUGCAACAACAAUAAGAAGAAAGUUUUAGUACCAGUUAUUGCAUCGGUUGCAUCAGUCGUGGCUCUUAUUGCCUUGCUGGCUCUCUUUUUUGUAUUCAGAAAGAAAGCCCCUCUAUCAGAAGGCACAGCUGCUACACGAGAGUUACCAAGAAAGUCCUCGAUAUACUCCAAAAAGAAAAGGUUCACUUAUUCAGAGGUAGUAGAACUUACGGACAACUUCAAAACAGUUCUUGGAGAAGGAGGGUUUGGAGUUGUCUACCAUGGUUCUUUGAGUGAUACCGAACCAGUAGCUGUUAAAGUUCUCUCCGAGUCAUCAGUUCAAGGCUAUAAGGAAUUUAAGGCAGAGGUGGAACUUCUUCUAAGAGUUCAUCACAUAAACUUGGUAAGCCUGGUUGGUUACUGUGAUGAAGGAGGCCAUUUAGCACUUAUCUAUGAGUAUAUGGCUAAUGGAGACCUUAAACAACAUUUAUCAGCAUUUUCAUUUACAGGAGAAGCGGCUGGAUCUACUUUGAAAUGGGCUAGUAGACUAAAAAUUGCUGUCGAGGCAGCACAAGGUUUAGAGUAUUUGCAUGUUGGAUGUGAGCCGCCAAUGGUUCAUAGAGAUGUCAAAAGUACAAAUAUACUAUUGGACGAUCGUUUUGAGGCCAAACUCGCGGAUUUUGGACUUUCAAGAUCAUUUUGUGUCGGAGCUGAAACUCAAGUAGCAACAGUAGUUGCUGGAACACCUGGAUAUCUUGAUCCUGAAUAUUACCAAACAAAUUGGUUAAACGAGAAGAGCGAUGUCUACAGUUUCGGUAUUGUACUCAUGGAAAUCAUCACAAACCGGUCUGUGAUUGAGCUAACCCGAGAAAAAGCUCAUAUAGCAGAAUGGGUGAAGAUUCUAAUAAGCAGAGGAGAUCUUGAGAAAAUCGUUGACUCAAACCUUGGUGGAGAUUAUGACUCUAACACAGUCUGGAAGAUCCUUGAAUUAGCAAUGUCAUGUGUGAGUCAUUCUUCAUCUGAUAGACCAACAAUGUCGAGAGUUGUUAACGUGCUUAAAGAGUGUUUGAUCUCUGAGAAUUCGAGGAUAGGCAGACAGUAUCAAGAUGGUGACUCAAAGAACUCGUUAGAGUUGACUGUUGAUUUUGGAACCCAGGUGACCCCUGAUGCACGCUAGGCCUCGACAUGAGUCAUCCUUUAUCUUGUUGUUACAUAACAGAAAAUUGUUCUGAUGUGUUUCUGUAAUGUUUGUCUGUGUGUGUUCUUUUUCCAGAUUGGUCUGAAUAACUGGUUUGUUUGUUUUUUUCUUGUUCUUUGAGUUGUCUUUUCAUUUUUUUUGGAGGAUCUGUCUUCUUUACUCACAUCUAUACAAAUAAAUGAUCAUAGUAUGUCUUCUUUUUCAUAAAUAUUUCUUUGCGUAUAAUUUGUUGAAAAAUAAUGUGAAUCAUAUGUAUGAUUUCCAGUGUUUAAAAAAAGUGUUUCAGGCCGUUGAGUCUUUGUCCGUAUAGCGUUACUUGGUUCAAGCCCUGACACAAAACUGAUGAUCCCAAACUGUGUCAUGUUGCAGAAGCUAUUUUAUUCUAAUGAUUUGACUAAUGAUAUGUUAAUGAUUGCAAAGAUGAUGCAAAGAAUAUCAUUAAACGUGUUUCUUCGAAAAACAGUUUAUAAGAUGAUGUAAUAAGACGUGAAUUGUAUAAAGUAGUUAGAACUGUAAUUACUGUUCAAAAAAAAAGAUAGAACUGUUAUUGUUGAAUUGUCUAUAACUUUUUGUAAUAAUGUGAUGUGACUAUCUAGCUUUGAAAGAACCAUGUUAUGUUACAAAGAAAAAACUAUGUCAUGUUAUAAUCAUUAUGAUGAUAUGCUGUUUUGUAAAAAAAAAUCAAACACGAUCAUAAAGGGAAUCAAUUUUGCAAAUUAGUUUAAGACAAAAAAAAAAAGAAAUCAAAGAAGGGAAAUAGUUUUGUAUUUGUUUGUUUAGUCUCCAGCUGCAUUAUUUGUCACGUUCCGCCCCCAUCAUAACCAAAUGUAUUUUAAAUUAAAACAAACAUAAAUAAAAUAAAAAGGAGAAAAAAAAAAUCAUCUUAACCGGAGGUGGUAGAUCUGAAUCAUCAGAAUUCAGAACCCUUUCUUUUAAGCAAAAAGAACCCUAGAUUAGAUUCUAUCGAUUGGGUUUUGAUUCUCAAUCCUGGCUUCUUUUUUUGCAUCGGAUCUAGAUCUUCUUUAGAAAAUCAUCAAAUCGGCAAAAAAAUAUGAAAGAAAG